CUGUGAUCUCUGUUUCCACUGUAUUUACAGUAGCGUCCACACAAACACACACUGCACACGCACACACCACACUUAUAUUGUUCUCUCUCCUCUGCGGUUGUCUGCAAGAUUCAGAAUAAAAUAAAGCAGACAAGUUCAUCAGUAUUUUCAGUCCAUGCCAGUACCACCACACACACACCCAAAGGCCAAAGAGAACGAGUUGCGGUGAUUUUCCCCCACACUUUCUGCAGCUUAUUGCUUUGUUUAUGAGUCUUAUGUGAUUCUUGGUGGUGGGUUGGAGUUUGAAGAAUACAAAGCAUUUCGUGUGAAGGAUUAAAAUUUAAAAAGAACAUAAACAUGAAAGUUAUGAAGUUGGGCUCGAAGCCUGAUGCUUUUCAAGCUGAUGGGAGCUGUGUGAGAUACAUAUCAUCUGAAUUGCCUACUGAUGUCGUUAUAAAUGUCGACGACAUGAAGUUUCAUCUCCAUAAGUUUCCUCUCCUGUCCAAAAGCAGUAAGCUACAAAAACUCGUCUCAAAAGCCAACGAAGAAAAUUCUGCCGAAAUCCAGCUACCCAAUUUCCCAGGUGGGCCCACGGCAUUUGAGAUCUGUGCAAAAUUCUGUUACGGCAUAACAGUUACUCUCAAUCCCUACAAUCUGGUUUCGGCACGUUGUGCAGCCGAGUAUCUCGAGAUGACUGAGGACAUCGAGAAGGGAAAUCUAAUCAAGAAAAUCGAAAUAUUUCUCAAUUCGAGCAUUUUGCGCAGCUGGAAAGAUUCCAUCAUUGUCCUUCAAACUGCAAAAGCACUUAUGCCCUUGUCCGAGAAUCUAAAAGUUGUGAACCGAUGUGUGGAAUCUAUUGCAUGCAAAAUCUCGGUCGACCCCUCGUUAAUCACUUGGUCUUACACGUACAAUCGAAAGUUAGCAACAUCAGAUCAAAUAAUAUCAGAAAAAACAGAAUUUGCUCCAAAGGAUUGGUGGAUUGAGGACAUAUGUGAGCUGGACAUUGACCUGUACAAAAAGGUUAUGGUUGGUAUAAAAUCCAAAGGCCGAGUUCCUAGUGGCUUAAUUGGCGAAGCAUUAAAAACGUAUGCCGUUAGGUGGCUGCCGGAUUCUGUUGAUUUGUUGUUAUCCGAAGAUCAGAUACAGAUAAAUAAAUCGUUGGUCGAGACCAUUAUUUGUCUCCUGCCUUCUGAUAAAGGUAUAAUCAGCUGUUCGUGCAGUUUUUUGCUGAAACUGCUUAAAGUUGCGAUUUUGAUCGGGGCAGAUGAUUCGUACAGGGAUGAUUUGAUCAAGAUUGUCGGUAUGAAACUUGACGAGGCUUGUGUUAGUGAUCUUCUCAUCCCUGGAAAUUCCCAGAAUAAUACGAUUUACGAUGUUGACCUUGUACAGAGGCUCGUGGACGAGUUUGUGAAAAACGAAAACGGUAAAAGGGAUUUAAAAAAUGUCGAGGAAAAAAAUGAGUGCGAUUUUGUCUUGGGGAACGGAUCGUGGCUGAGAGCUGGAAAAGUGGUUGACGGUUAUCUUUCUGUAGUUGCAUCUGAUCCGAAUCUAACGGUCGCGAGUUUUGUUAAGUUGGCUGAGUCAGUUCCCGAGUCAGCUAGGCCUAUUCACGAUGGGCACGCAAAUUUACCGAAAGCCGAAAGGAAAACAUUGUGCGGUUUGAUGGACGUCAAGAAACUAACGUCCGAAGGAUGCAUGCACGCAGCUCAAAACGAACAAUUACCACUUCGCGUAGUAGUCCAAGUACUAUUUUUCGAGCAGGCAAAGGCUUCAGCUAACAACACUAGUUCCCCUAAACAGAGUCGCGAAAAUUGGGCCAAAACAGGCCCAACAGAUAUGCGCAAGUCACUCAGAAUGCAAUUGGACGAUAUGAAGAUAAAAGAAGACGAACAAUUGGUUGAAAAUGGAAAACAUGCAAAGAGAGGUGGGAAAAGCAGGGGAUCCGAGCCCCAGCUACUGCCAUCUCGUUCGAGGAGAAUAUUCGAAAAGCUGUGGAUAGUGGGGAAAGGUUUUGGGAAUGGUGAGAACAAGAGUUCAGAGACUUUUGCUAGUUCACAGAGCCCAGCAUCAAUGGUCCAACAAGGGCAGGUAAAGUCUUCUGGAUCGUGUUCGAGGCACAGAAGGCAUUCGAUUUCGUAGGGAGUGAGGUAAAAGAAAAUGGAGGGAUUGUAAUUCAACUGUAAAUUGGUACUUAGUAGGAUUUGAUCAAUUGCAGUAGAUUUGAAGUGGUUAUGGAAGUCUGUUCUAACAAAAAACAUAGUGUCAAGUUUUAUUUACUGGAUAUUUUAUGAUGAUUUCUUGUGUUGGUUGUCUGAGCUAUUGAUAGGAGUAAAGGGCCAAUGUAAAAGAAACUGAAUAUUAUUAAUUAAAAAACAAAAGAAAAAGAACACAAGGUUCUCCAAG